AUGAGCGACACAAACUACUGGGUUGUGGACUAUGAGCUCUCCUCUCCUGCUCCGCCUGGGUUCCCCAGGGGCCCAACGGUGCUGCAGCCCAUGGCGGCGCACCCAGAGCAGGGAACAGCCCUGUGUUUUGUGGGCCUCCUCGUGCUGCUGCUGCUCUUUCUCCUUGUUCGCUGCGUCCGUAUCUUGUUAGACCCCUACAGCAGCAUGCCAGCUUCCUCGUGGACGGACCACAAGGAAGGGCUGGACAGAGGACAGUUUGAUUAUGCACUUGUGUAAAGGUGAGAUGGGGGCUAAAUGUGGAGAGAGAUGAAUUUGAAAAUAUGGCAAAGUUCUUUUGAGGAACUUUUGAUUGAUGAUGUUUGUUCCAUGCUCCGCUAGUAGCUUCUCUUUCCAAAGUUUUUUAUCUCCAAAAAAUGAAAGAAAGGACAUGUUACACUAUAUUUGUUAUUUUGUUGGAGUAAUGGAAGCUGUCAGCUGUCUUCUGUGAGAUGACGGUAUCAAGAGCAUAAAACACAAGUUGUAUGUUGAGGAAAUGCAGCAUGUCCAAGAGAGAAGAAACAGACACAGAACCCCCUUGUCCAUUUUAAUUUGCAGUAAUCAGUGUAUUGUUGGAGACUUAUGGUGCAUAUGAUGUUACACUGCAGCUUUUAGAGUGACAAACACUGCAGGAAGACAACGAUCAGUAUCUCAGCAUUACGUUAUGACUCCUGUUUAUCAUGUCAUUUUGUAAUUCUAUAAUGUUUUUUUUUCUACAAAUCCCAGGGCUGAAAUAUAAAUCGAGAGUAGAGCUGCUGCGAGAGAGGUCCUGAUUGAAUAAAAGAGAAAUUAAAUGAGUUCAGGGCAGACAUGGGAGUCAGUUAGACAGAACUAAUACACAC